CCAAACAGCGCCUAAAAGAAUAAUAACUUGUGGAAAGACAUCAGCGUGUCCACCGACCAUCAUCCAGAGCCUGAUGAUGUGCCGAGUAUCACAUUCCUUCUGCUAUUAUUAUUCGUUUUUGGUUGUGUUAGUAGAAACACGAGUCUUUCCUCUUCUAACACACACAGAAAAUUGGAGAAGAGAGAAAAAGCGAUCUUUCUCACAGAACCACACUUCUUCGGUUCUUCCGUUCUUUGUUACGCCCAGGGUAAUUAAUAGCUGACGGUUUGUUCACAGAUGGGGAAGGGUUCCAGGAGCUACGCACCUGGCAGGUCAUCAUCGUAUCAGAUCUUCAAGGACAGGGCUAAGAACAGGGUUGAUGAUCUGCAAGGGAUGCUCACCGAUCUUCAGUCUCUCAGGAAGGAGAGCCGAACUAUUGAGGUGGCGGUUCUUGAGGAGCAGCUUAAUCAGAUGCUCCGUGAAUGGAAGUCAGAGCUGAACGAGCUUUCCUCAUCUUCCUCCUUGCAGGGGGGGAGUCUGGCGUUUAACACAUCAGACCUUUGUAGGCUGGUGCAACUUGGUGAGGAGGAAGAUGAUGCCACCAGUACAUUAGAUGCACCCAAGCAUGAACCUGGUGCACAAAAAGUUUAUGCUGCCUGUUAUCCAGAGGGUCUCAACGAGACGCCAGUGCUUCAGGGACAACAUUUCCAGCUGGUUGAUCGAUGCAAGAGCAAUAACAUUGGUGCUGACAGCGUAAGGAUCAACAAUAUGGGCAUUCCAGCACAGUUUGACUAUCAAUCAUAUGAAUUUCAUCAAGAGUAUGGGCAGCACUACUUCCGUGGGUUCGAUGCUGGGACUCAUUGCCUGGAGGAAGACCUGCCUGUGGUUCAUAUUAGCCCCCCACCUUCUGCCUUUUUAGGGCCAAAGUGUGCACUUUGGGACUGCCCAAGACCUGCAAUGGGGUCCGACUGGUGUCAGAAAUCUCAUGACUAUUGCAGCGAUUAUCACCGUUCCCUUGCUCCAAAUGAAGGUUACCAUGGGCAUCCCCCAAUUUUAAGACCGAUGGGCAUUGGCUUGAAGGACAACUUGCUCUUUCAAGCUCUUAGUGCUAAAGCACAGGGUAAGGAUGUCGGCAUUCCAGAAUGUGAGGGCGCAGCAACUGCGAAAUCGCCGUGGAAUGCACCUGAGCUAUUUGAUCUUAAAGUGAUCGAAGGUGAAACAAUAAGGGAGUGGCUUUUCUUUGACAUGCCCCGUAGAGCAUUCGAGAGUGGGAAUAGAAAGCAAAGGUCAUUGCCUGAUUACAACGGUCGGGGGUGGCAUGAAUCAAGGAAGCAGGUCAUGAAUGAGUUUGGGGGACUGAAGAGAUCUUAUUAUAUGGACCCACAGCCUAUGAAAAACCUUGAGUGGCACCUUUAUGAAUAUGAAAUCAACAAGUGUGACGCUUGUGCUUUGUACCGAUUGGAGCUCAAACUGGUUGUGGAUGGAAAGAGGAUUCCAAAGGGAAAAGUAAGUACAGCGUCGGUUGUUGAUCUGCAAAAGAAAAUGGUGAGACUCACAGCAGAAUUUCCUCUGGAUAACAAAUGCCCCCUUGUGAAAGGUAGGACGAAAAAUGGCAACUUGAUUCCCAUUUCAGACCAAUUGAUUCCGGUUCCUGAAGGGUUGUUUGUGUACCCUUCUACGGCGCCAUAUGACUAUCUUAUUGACAAUGUGAGCAGUUACUAUUAAAGUAUUAAUCUAACAUAAAUUUGAAGACCAUUGUGAGUUUCUCGUCGGCUUGACAGUCGUAUUUUUCUGCCCGGCUUCACAGCAGACGAGGUUUAUCAAGUUGUCUCCGCAUCAGUGUCACUGAUAAGACCUUGGUCUAUUUAUGUUUCAUGAUGGUUAUGUAUUUAAUAAUGUAUUUUGUUUUGUCGGUGAAGCUUGGUUCCAGCUCCGUGCCAUAAAAUGGCCAUAAAAUGUACAGAUACAUGAACAAUAUUUCUGGAGCUCCCUCUGAUGCCCUUCUCAAUGUAGUUGCGAUUUAAUAAUAUCUUUCCAUAUGUUCUUUCAAGCAUUUUC